AUGAGUUCGUCGCAGACGAGUAGUGCUUGUUCAUCUAAUGAACCAUCAUCGAUUCAUUCAGCAUCGAUUGAAGAAAUAUAUGAUAUUCCAAUGAAAGAUAUAAAUCGUCCAUUACCAUCUGUACUUGAUGAGAAUAAAGUUCAAUCUCUAAUGGAAACUAUUCAAACAAUGGAAUCUAAUCGAGUUCCUCCUAUUGAUGUUCUUUGGUAUGAAGCAACUAAUUCAGGAA